CGGGCGCCGGACCCCCAGGUGGAGCGACAGGUCUCGGGCCCUCAGCGGAGCGGCAGGCGCCGGACCCCCAGGCGGAGCGACAGGUCUCGGGCCCUCAGGCGGAGCGGCGGGCGCGCCGGACCCCCAGGAGGAGCGACAGGUCUCGGGCCCUCAGGCGGAGCGGCGGGCGCCGGACCCCCAGGCGGAGCGGCGGGCACCGAGUCACCAGGCACGACAGUGGGCUCCGAGUCAACUGGUAUGACCGCAGGCACUGGGUCAGACAUUGGAUGGUCUGGCUGGACAGCGGGCAUCGGGUCACCAGGCAUCAGGUCAUUUGGCUCGACAGCGGGCACCGCGUCAUCUGGCAAGGCAGUGGGCUCCGAGUCAACUGGCAUGACCGCGGGCACUGGGGCAAACAUUGAAUCGUCUGGCUGGACAGCGGGCAUCGGGGUCCACCAGGCAUCAGGUCAUUUGGCUCGACAGCGGGCACCGCGUCAUCUGGCAAGGCAGUGGUCUCCGAGUCAA